UUUGUGGGCACUGCUUCAGUAGAGGAAUAAUGCAGCAUAAACCUACAUGAGAUAGCUUGAGCUUGAGCACAUGGUCACUGAGUGCACUGGUUCAUUUUCUCCUUGGCCACCUGCUCUGUCCUAUCAUUUCCUGUACUGGUUCUCUGACACUCGGUGGACUCUGGGAGCUUAUGCAGUUCACAGAGUAGAUAGAAAAAUAUUUGAUGUCAAAAACCCAAGUAAUUUCCUGCAGGUUAGUGAGCUCAAAGGACCUAGUGUAGGUUUCUGUGUGUACCAGAGCUGCCCUCACGAGACACAGGACUAUGUGGCUCGGGGAGGUGUAGGGGACAGUGAAAAACAAUGCUCCCUGUUAUGCUGGCUGUUUGGUCAGCUUAACAUACUCUGUCUGGGGAAAAGAAAAACCAGGGAGGGAAACUUACAUUCAUAGACAUGCUUGAAGCAUAGCCCCCAACAGAAGUGCAAGAAGUAGCUGUGGACCUAGUGCUAUCUGAAAGGGCUAGAAGCUGUGAGCAAAGAAGGAAAUAUGACUUUGGCAUCUUUUUCAAUACAUGGAGUAACAUCAAAGCAAUGACAAGUGUCUUAUCCAUUUCACUUUGUACUUGAAGAACCACAGAGAAAUUCAGAUUUUGACUAAGGCACAAAAGGAUGUUCUGAGGGUACAGGUAACCUCCAGGCAGAUGUUGUGGAAACUCCCUUCAAGUGAAGUAAAAGGGCGGUCAGCAGAACUGCUACUUUGGACUUCCAAAGGGCAGACUUUUAUCUGUUUAGGAGGCUGGUUAUCAGAGUCCCUUGGGAGACAGUCCUGAAGGGUAAAGUUGUCCACAAAGCUUGGUCUCUGUUUAAGAAGGAAAUCUUAGAGGGUCAGGAGCAGGCUGUCCCCAUGUGCCUAAAGACAAGCUGGCAGGAAGUAAGACCGGCCUGGCUGAAUAGGAAGCUUCAUCUGGAAUGUGGGAAUAAAAGGAGAAUUUAUAACCUUUGGAAGAAGGGGCAGGCUACUCAGGAGGACUAGAAGGAUGCAGUGAAGCUAUGCAGGGAGAAAAGCUGAAGGGCCAAAGCUCAAGUAGAGCUGAGCCUGGCUACUGCUGCAAAAGGUAACAAAAAUGCCUCUUUAAAUACAUUGGCAACAAUAGGAAAGUUGAAGGAGAAUCUCUACUCUCUAGUGGAUGUGGAGGGGAAACAUAGUGAUGGAGGAUGAGGGAAAGGCUGAGGUACUAAGUGCCUUCUUUGUCUUAGUCUUUAAGAGUAAGACCAGUUGUGGUUCAGGUACACACUCCCCCUGAGCUGGAAGACAGAGACAAGGAGCAGAAUGAAGCCCAUAUAAUCCAAGGGGAAGUGGUUAGUGACUUGCUACAUCAUUUAGACACACACGUCUAUGGGGCCAGCUGGGAUACACCCAACGGUGCUGAGGGAGGUGGUGGGGAUGAUCACUAAACCACUUUCAAUUAUUUAUCAGCAGUCCUGGCUAACUGGGGAGGUCCCAGUUGACUGGAAGUUGGCAAGUGUAAUGCCCAUCUACGAGAAGGGUCGGAAGGAGGAUCUGAAAAAUUAAAGGCCUGUCAGUUGGACCUCAGUGCCAGGGAAAGUCAUGGAACAGAUCAUCUUGAGUGCCAUCACAUGGCAUAUACAACACAAACAAGUCAUCAGGCCAAGUCAGCAUAGGUUUAUGAAAGGCAGGUCCUGCUUGACCAACCUGACCUAAUUCUAUGACAAGGUGACCUGCUUAGUGAAUGAGGGAAACAGUAUCCUGGGGUACAUUAAGAAGAAUGUGACCAGCAGGUUGAGGGAGGUUCUCCUCCCCCUCUACUCUGCCCUGGUGAGGCCACAUCUGGAGUACUGCAUCCAGUUCUGGACUCCCCUGUAUAAGAAGGAGAAGGAAUUACUGGAGCGAGUUCAGCGGUGGGCUGCGAAGAUCAUUAGGGGCCUAGAGCAUCUUUCUUAUGAGGAGAGACUGAGCAAGCUGGGACUGUUCAGCCUGCAGAAGAGAAGGCUGAGAGGGGAUCUCAUCAAGGUUUAUAAAUAUCUCAAGGGUGGAUGUCAAGAGGAUGGGACCAGACUCCUUCCAGUGGUGCCCAACGGUAGGAUAAGGUGCAACAGGCACAGACUGAACCGUAGGAGUUUCCAUCUGAAUAUGAGGAGAAACUUCCUUCCUCUCAGGGUGCCAGAGCACUGGAACAGGCUGCCCAGAGAGGUUGUGGAGUCUCCUUCUCUGGUGAUAUUCAAGACCUGCCUGAACACAUUCUUGUGCUAUCUGCUCUAGGUGUACCUGCUUUAGCAGGUGGGUUGGACUAGAUGAUCUCCAGAGGUCCCUUCCAACCACAACCAACCUGUGAUUCUGUGACCAUUCUGUGAAUGGUUGUGGAUGUUGUGAACUUAGACUUCAGUAAAUCCUUUGAUGCUGUUCCCUAUAGCAUUCUCCUGGAGAAGCUGGCUGCUCAUGGCUUGGGUAAAGAACUGGCUGGAUGGCUGGGCCCAAAGAGCUGUGCUGAACCAAGUCAAAUCCAGUUGGCGGCCAGUCACGAGUGGUGUUCCCUAGGGCUCAGUAUUGGGGUCAGUUCUGUUUAAUAUCUUGAUCAGUUCUCUGGAUGAGGGGAUUGAAUGAACCCUCAGUAAGUUUGCAAAUGACACGAAGCUGGGGGGGAGUGUUGGUCUACUUGAGAGUAGAAAGGCUCUGGAUUGGCUGGAUGAUUGAGUUGAGGCAAAAUGCAUGUGGUUGAACAAGGCCAAGUGCUGAGUUGUGCACUUGGGUCACAACAAUCCUCAUGUGACUUAGCAGCUGGUUGCCUGCAAAUGAAUUGUGUAGUCUUUCCCAGGCAAAACGUGGUUAACAUCCACAUCACACAUCUCACUGAAAACUUUAGAAAGUUCAUUAUAUAAGGCCUUCCUGCAAAGAAAUACAGAGAAAUACAUGUGUUAAAAAAAGACACAUGCUGCUAUUUCUGCAGGUCACUUCUAGGGUCCUCUAACAUCACUCUGUCUUCUGGAUUGUACCUUGUCAUCACGAGAGCUUUCUCUUCUCCCCACCCCUGCCGGUCAGCACUGCUCUAAAAACCAUAGAGGCUACUGUUCAUGUUCAUAUCUGAAGAAUGCAGGUAUCCUGUAAGGAAACUUGAGCCUUUCCUACAGUUAUUAUAGAGUGUAUUUUAACAAAGUUCUUGUUAAUAAGCCUUCCUGCAGUUUUCCAUGCACUGAAAUAAAAAUGAAGAUGGUGGUGUUUCAUUCAGGAGGAUCCCAUGUAUACACCAUGUUUCAGGAAAAGAAGUGCAGAAAUUUAUCCACAGUGGGCAUUCCUUUCAAACAGGCUUUUGGGCAACUUGCCAUGAUUUUAACAAGUGACUCUCCCAGACUGGACCAAGGCACCUUCAAGCCCAACUCUGAACCUCUUAACUGAUAACUCUUAGGUCUUCUCCUUCUAGUCUGGCCAGAAGGGAGAUAUUAACUGCAUUCUCCUGCCAGUGGCAAACUCCACGGUCUCUAGCAGAAAGAGCAAACAAACAUAGUGGUAAAGUCACAAAAAGUCUUCUGAUGUGGCAGCCUUGAUUUGAGGCAGCUUGAGAACCAGGAAGACCAAAAGUGAGCCAGGCGGGUUCAUGCCCUAUUGUUGGCUGGGAGGGAAUUGAAGCCAUUGAAGAAAAGAGAGCAUUAAUCAAAUAGUGGCAGACGAGUCUAGAAGCAGAACAGCAAGUUUUAUAUGCUUUUUCCUGCUUUUCCUGCCCUGAGCUGCACUUUGUGGCUGGCUCAGCAACUGCUGGUUUAAACUCCAUAUGGAAAGAAACAGCAAGUAGCAAUCUGUGCUGCCUUUUAAAAUUUUUUUUUCAGAUGAUUGAGCAAUCCUUUUUCUCCAGAACUGUCUGUUUAACUGUGGGACGGAACUCAUACAGCCUAAGAGGAGAAUGCUGAAAAUCUUAAGCUUAGCUCCUUGAGAGGUUGUUGCCCAAAGGAAUUCAUAUCCCUGAGUUACGAGCCCAAAGCAGCCAGUUUACAUUAAUGCACCAGAGGAGAAGCUGCAGUAGCUGAGGAGCAUGAAGAACAUAUAUGAUAUUAAUAUCUUACUCAGCAAUACUGAGAGUGGGGAAAACAGCCUCCUACAGAAGGGCAGGGCAGACAAGGGGAACUACUUGGGCUGCCACUCCUCAGUGUGCUGGUAACUGGGGAUCUGAGCCAUCGCGUGCCUCAGCUACACUGGAGGCACUGACACUCCUUUUUCACUCUGGCUCUUUGGUGCUUUGAGUUCACUGGGGAUGGGUAACCUACAAGAUGACCUGAAUUUUGAACUGGGCCUGAAUAGGUGUCAGUGUCUGAAAGAAGGAAUAGGGCUAAUAAUUGUAGUAAAUUUGAGGCAAAGCAGAUGUUUGUUGCUAGGGUUAAACAGGAAUAUGGAGGAAGAGUUUUGCUGGGGACAAGUACUUGCAUGGACCUUUCAGUGGAGAAGGCUGUGACAGAGGAGCUAUCUUCAGUCCUUACCCAAACCUCAGGCCCUGCUUAUACAGCAGAAGUGUGGCAGGUUUUCAAUGUUAUAGCAUGUAUGACUCAGAGAUUUUUAUCAUUAAUUCUCAAUCUCCUUCCUAAAAUGAAAUCUAUCAGUUGUUAGAUUUGUGCUUUCACAUCGACCAAAUUAUUUCUGUGCAAGAAGUCUGUUCAAUUGGACUUUCUCCAGUUGGAGUCUUGUUUGUCUGUGCUACCUGCAGAAAGCACCACCCCAAUAACAAGAACACUUAGUCUGUAUGGGUAAGAGCUGAAGAAACUUUUGGGGAAGGUUCUUUGCAAUAGUAACUCUAAUGCACCAGCAGUGCAGUUAGAGUAAAAGAAUCCAGCAUCUCCAUUUCAUUAGAGUGAAACAUUCAUACGGUGUGCUCAUUUUUCCAAAUUAUUUUCUUAUACAAAACCUUCAUUCUAUCUAAAACAAUGCCCCAAUAAGAAGUCUUUUAUUGCUAUAAACCACAAAUUACUCAGGAAAUGAAGAGAAUUAAAGGGUCAGUGACAAAUUGUGUGAGCAAGUCAACAGUACCAAAGCAAAAAACAUGGGUCAUAUGGAGCCCUGCAAAGAAGGCUUGAUUGAACCUCUCUAAAGUAAGAUCCUUUGAACAACAUCCAACUUUUAAAAAUCUUGUAAUCUUGGCCUAGAGGAGAAAAAGAUUUGGAAAGCCUAAUGGGCAGCCAUUAACAAGGAGUUUCCAAUAUUUUUUUUUUUUUAAUGGUUCAAAUGUUGUGAAAUACAUGCAUCAUCUUAUAUGGUUAAUAGAAGAUACAAGCAAUUCUCUUAAUUUUCCUCUUAUGCCAGCGUGUAUGUCUUAAUACUUGAGUCCAGUGCUGUUUUUCUGAGUUUAAAGUUGGUAUGUGAAAAUACCAAAGGGUAAAUGAGACAGGUUAUGUAGGUGGAAAGGAAAAUGGAUUGUCAAGGGGUGAACAUAAGAGUGGGCAGUUACUUGGCAAACACUCUGUCAAGGUCCUGGGCAGGCAAGUGAUGUUUGGAGAACCAAUUCUAUGUUAUCAGGUAUGUUGAAGCAAAAACUGACUUUAUGAUCACCUUAUUGUCACUAAAGCAGCUUAAGAUUCAGUUGUCUCACCAGCUUUUUACACUGAGUUAAUAAAACAGAAUAGAAACAGGGAACAGGGUUAUAGCAGUGCUGUGUUUCAUGUAACUCCUUUUUACACAUCUCCCAGACAAAUAUAUCCCAUCCUCACCACCAUUCAUGUUAGAGAAGAAUUAGUAUGAAUUAGAAUUAGAAUUAGAAUUAGAAUUAGAAUUAGAAUUAGAAUUAGAAUUAGAAUUAGAAUUAUCCCAUUAACCAUGCCAGGAGGAAGUUUCUCUCUUAGCAAACACACUGAGCAGGGCAAGUGCAACCUGAAGUUCAGAAAUCCUUCUAGUGGUCCAAGGCACAGAGCUGUCUCCCUCUUCUCCCUCUGUUUGCCUGCUGAGGACUGUCACUCAGAAUGACAGGCAGUGCAGGAAGGCAAGGGAGAGGCAGGAGGUGCCAAACGCAACAAGAAGAUGUGGAGUGUGAGGACAGAACCACAUCUGAUGCCUCUCUUGGUGGAGGCAUGCUCACACCAGAAAGGCAGAGCCAUCUCUACCGGUCUCCUGCUUCACCUUAUCACUGCAGGCGAUCAGUGUGGUGGGGAAUGCAGAAGAUGAGAGCAGAAAGAUGUAUGGUGACUGCCACCUUCUCCCACCUGGCUUUCCAGAUACAGUCUUUAGAUACCUGUAGGAACUUCAAGCAUGAGCCAAGGCAUUGCAUCUGGAGUUCUUUUGGGUUGUUAUCAGACUCUAGAUUGCUAUGUGAAAUUUUGACCCAGAAGUAAGCUCUUCAAGUCUGAAAGCCUUGUCUGAGAAGGACAGUCCAUUCUAGUCUUGCUGUUUGAUAACCAGUUCUUCUUUGACAAUAGAAGGGAAAGUGAUAAUAAAUCAGGAACAAAAAAAAAAUUAUAGGUGGGGAAGAAAAGUAAAAAAUUGUGCUUCUCUAUUUACAACUGAAAUUGCUAGCUGCCACCUUGUAAAUAUUAGAAGGCAUUAUAAUCAGGAAAUGUUUUACAAAGGCAGCACAUUGCAUGCACCACUGGAAGCAAGUGGUGGCACUUGCUGGUAGGUACAGAUAUGCACCCUGUGGAAAUUUUGCACCCAUGUGGAAAUUUGGUGGCAUCUACCUGGACACAGACUUCAUUGUGCUGAAGAACUUGAAGAACCUCACCAUUGUGCUUGGUACCCAGUCCAGGUAUGUACUGAAUGGGGCUUUUCUGUCCUUUCAGCCCAAACACAAGUUCAUAGAGCUUUGCAUGCAGGACUUUGUGAAGAACUACAACAGCUGGAUCUGGGGGCACCAGGGCCCACAGCUCCUAACACGUGUCUUUAAGAAGUGGUGCUCCAUCAGGAGUCUUCGGAGCAGUACAAGCUGCAAAGGAGUGAGUGCUCUGCCCCGUGAGGCUUUUUAUCCCAUUCGGUGGCAGGACUGGAAGAAAUACUUUGAAAUGGUCAGCUCCUCAGAGCUUCAGCACCUCUUUCGUAACACCUAUGCAGUGCAUGUAUGGAACAAGAAGAGCCAAGGGACAAGGUUAGAGAUCCCAUCCCAGGCUCUGCUGGCUCAGCUGCAUUCUCAGUUCUGCCCUGCCACGUAUGAAAUAAUGAAGAAGGACUCUGAAUGGCAGUGACUCAAGGGUCACCUAAGAGGUGUUGCCGGGGAGACCACAACUCUCCAGCUGUUCCACCAUCAAUGAACAGAAGAUAAAGGCCAUUAAUGGAGUAUAGGUGGAGCUUGUAGCUUCAACCGAUGUCUGUGCAGCUCCUUGUCUUGACUUUAGCUGCCCACCAGCAACACUUUGGUUCUUUUCAGGACCUUUCUUCUGCUCUGCUUGGUCAGGUAGAGAAAUCUCAGGAGGGGAGCAAGUGCUGGGACACUCGUGGCCACCUCCAUCAGACUUUUAGAGGAGAAAGGCACCUUCCUGUGGCUGUAAACCUGGAAAAGGCCUUUGUAGAAAUGCAUAUCUCAUCUCCUGAUUCUCAAGACUUCUGAAGUACAAUCCUCAAAGCAACAAAGGGAAAUGGGAGACCAAAGAACAGGAAGUGAGGAGGAAGUAAAGGAUGUGCCAGAUGACGUGUCCUGAGAAAAAUGUACAGGAAAACAGAGAAGAAAGAAAGGGUCAAAGGAAAUUAUUUUUUUUUUCAUUCGCUUGCCUUCUGAAGCCUCUGGCGGAGGACACUUUUUUAUUUCCAGUUGGGCAGGCUGCUGCAGUUUCUGUUCAACAUCAUAGAUCUAAAGACACGGAAAUCUGGUGCAAAUCAGAACAUGAGGAUCUGAGGUUAGCUUAAUAUUUAGAAGGAGCUCUUGUGCAGCAAUGAUGUAUUUUAUAGUAGUGGCAAAUUAAUACCCUGUGAUGAGUAGGAGAGUUCAUCCAACUCACACCUUAAAUUGCACCUGACACAGGAAGAGCUGUACUAUGUUUUACAAUGAGUUUAUGACCAGAUGUCCUUACCUGCAUCUAAGAUAAGCAUCAGAUAUUUCAGCAACUGGAUGGAUCCUAAAGGAAAGGUGUGAUAUUUCCAAUAUUUCAAAGGUUACAAUGCAAUUGGUAGGGAACACAUGCUGUCAAACUUCAAGUCCAUUUAUGAGUUGUUUAUGGUGGACCUCUUCAAGUAGCCUGGAGUUCUCCUGCUGUUCACUGUCUAGGAGUAUGAAUCUGUCCUGGGAGUUGUUGAGGAGGGCAGUGGAAACUUUACUCCUCUUCCUGAGCAUCUUUCUGAAUUACAGUAGAGAAACUUAAUGUAUCUCUCACGAGGUGCUGUUGUGCUUUUGAGGGUUCCCACCACAGAGGCAAGGUGUUGGACAAACUAUGGGAGAAAACUCUUCCCUUGCCUCCGUGGCAAAAAGGAUGUACUGAGGCUCUUACGGUUC